GCUGAGGUGAGGCAGUCCGAGCAGCCGGGAGCUGAACCCGAAUUUCUGCAGCCGGAGGCACGGCUACGGUUCAACAGGUAUGGCCCUCCACCUCAGGAUUUUCCAUAAAAAGGAAAGAUGUGAUUGGGAAAAUACAGCUCAUAAAGUAAUUGGAAGCAACUGAUUGAUCAGCAAGAGAUAAGGUGGUGUGUAGCAACCUAAUUGUAGAAGUACUGUUACGGAGACGUGUAGCUGGGGAUGGAAAACCGUGUGGCUGAGGAAGGGGAGCAGCUUCCAUCAAUGGGUUCGGAGAACGAUGUCUCUGGUUCGAACACACCCACUGCACGGAGAAGAGGAAAAUUUCCGGGAUUUGGAAAAAUAUUCAAACCGUGGAAAUGGCGGAAAAAGAAAACCAGUGAAAAGUUCAAGGAAACAUCUGCAGUUUUGGACAGGAAGUUAUCUGUGAGACAGAGCAGAGCUGAACUGGUUAAGAAGGGAGUGUUGAAAGAAAUUCCUGAACAAGAUGGGGAAAUUAACAGCAAACCUGCCCAAAAUAGUACACUAAAGAAUGGGCACACGCUUCCUGUGGGUGAAUUAUCUACCUCAACAGAGGCUGAACCAGUAGCCAGAGGUGAAAUAAAGUCAAGUUUUUCAAAAACUUCACAAGAAGCUGAGGAGAGAAUGAAGAGCUCCGUUGAGGAACCCCAAAAAACUAAAGCAGAGCCUGCAGAUAAGCGUCCUUUGUCAGAAAUGGAGCCCAUGCGUGACCAGAAACAGGCAUUACUUCCUCCUAAAAGACCACUGUCAGCUCCCACUCUGGAAGCAGGCGAGGGGCAAAUGAAAGAUCCUGGAGCCAACUUGACUACUGCCAAGGACGUCUCUUCCAUUAUUUCCUGUUUUUCCACUUCCUGUUCCACCACUAUCACCAAUACCACUGACUCUUUGGCUGCAGCUACAAAUACCACCACCACCACUACCACCACUCCUGCCAAACAACCCCCAAUUCCACCUCCAAAACCCAACCGGAAUAGCAAUCCUUUGUUUGCAGAACUUAGUCACAUCAUGACCCCUGGCCUAGUUGUGCCAGGUAAGCAUUCGCCACCAGGGUCCCACAGGAGGAUAAACUUCAACCUGCCUGUGGCUGAGCCAAACAACACUACCCAGAAUGUAUGCGAGAACAAGGAGAGACCGCAGCUGCCAAUGCAAGUAUCGACAUCAGCACAUGCACCUACAUCAUCGCCAGCAUUGCCUUCGCGCCCACCUUCUGCUCCAGAACCUGCUCCUCGUCAGUCCCUCCCACCAAGGCCUCCAGUCAAAGCUAAUCCCCCUGUAUUGACAAUCUGUCAUGCCAAUGUGCAAAAUGAGAAAGAACCUGAUCAACAGCCUCAUCCUUCAUCUGAUGACUGUCCUGAGCUCCUUCCGACGCGCCAAUCUCAAGUUCCUUUGCACAUAAUGAUCCAGCAAGCAUUGUGUAGCCCUCGACCGGUCGUCACUGUAGCUGAUGGUUCAAAUACGGCAAAGUCUUUGCUUUUUGAGACUGCCUUUGAUGAUGCUAAUAAGAGCCGGGCUUUGCAAGUCACCUUGGAGAAGUUAAAAUGCCCUUCUGAUGAUGAGAACACGGAGGAUGAGGAAGAGGAGGAGGAGGAAGAAGAGCAAAGGCCUGAGAAACAAGAUUACCCGGCACUAGUUUCAUCGGUUGUCAUCAUUCCAGAACUCGUGAGACAGGAUGAAGACGUGAGCGACUCAGAUGACGAUGGUCCAGUCCUAUACAAGGAUGACUACGAUGAGGAUGAGGAAGAUGAUCAACCCAGUUCAUUGGCCAAUAAGGUAAAGCGAAAAGAUACUUUGGCCCUUAAACUACGCAACAGACCUACAAAGCAGGAACUUAUAGAGAAGAACAUCCUACCUCGUCAGUCUGAUCAGGAAAGACUGGAGAUUCGACAGCAGAUUGGAACAGCGCUCAUCAGACGUCUGAGUCAAAGGCCAACUGCGGAAGAGCUGGAGCAAAGGAAUAUCCUUAAAAAUAAAGAUGAGGAACAACAUGAGGCAGAAAAACGAGAGAUCAAGAGACGACUUACCAGAAAGCUUAGUCAAAGACCCACAGUAGCAGAGCUUCAAGCUAGAAAAAUCCUGCGCUUCCACGAGUAUGUUGAAGUAACGGAUGCCCAUGACUAUGAUCGACGUGCAGAUAAACCAUGGACUAAAUUAACACCAGCAGACAAGGCAGCAAUACGAAAAGAGCUAAAUGAAUUCAAAAGUACAGAGAUGGAGGUGCAUGAAGAAAGCAGAAUGUAUACAAGGUUUCAUCGGCCUUAAGAACAUGUACAGAUACAGAUGGAAAUCUAGCUACACAGUAUGGGGAUGAAGCAUAUCUCCUGAGUGCUGUACAUGAAGCCGUGUUGUAUUGACAGUUGUGUACAAUAUAUUCAAUACACUUUCGAUGAACCUGGUGCCAUGGGGAAAGAAAUCAAUACUUGAUAACCGUAUCAUAUGUAAAUCCUGCUUUCAUCAAUUAACAAAUCCUCAAAAUGGAGGUUCCCCUUGAUCAUAUCUGUCUCUGCGCCUCCAGAUUUAUACAAUACUGCGGCUGGUUUGAAAUCACAGCGCCAAAAAGACUUUUUAAGAGCUGCUGGAAUUGUGUGCUUGGGAGUGGCUGUAUUUUUCUGUAAGCUUUUACUGGAGCUGAAAAGCGUGGGUCUGUGUAUACAGACUAGGAUCGGACUCCCCUCCUCCCCUUCCUCCUCCUCACCGCCUUUUGCCCCUUUAUUUUUGUUUUUGCAUGCACUAUGAUGGCUUUGCUUGGACAUGUUGAUGGGAGGUUGCUCUUGAUCAAUGUGAUCUUUGGUCCGAGAGAAGCUGCCCCAAACCACCUCCGUUUUUUUCUGCAUUGCCUUUGUGUCCACUGUCAAUUCCAUAGCCUUUAGCUGUUGGUUUCUCCAGUAGGAAAAUGAGAUUCCUGGAACAACUUCAGCAGAAGACUUUUUUGUGACCAAUUCCAUGUGAGAGUCCGUUUCUUGUCUCUCUUUCUCUCUAUAAAUUAAAAAGUGCUGUUUUCACUGAAGCAGGCCUUUGUUGAAGGGAACGUAUUGUUGCACACGGGGCCUUUAACUUUCCAUCCAAAAGGCACAACAGUUCUGUGGGGGAGAAAACGUAUCCCUUUAUAUAAUAUCAGGGAUUGGUUUGUCCUGGACUACAAAUCAUGUCCCUGUGGGAAGAAUGUCCCACCGUCGACUGCUGUAUAAAACAUUGGUUUAGAUUGAGUCAAUAUGUGUACAUUUGUCUUCCUGUUUAAUUAUUGAAUAAAAGUAUUAUGUGACUUUUUAAAAGAAAAAAAAUCAGAAUACACUUAAAACACUACUUGGAAUAAUUUCCUCCUCAACCAAGCUGUACAAAUAUGUAUUUGUUUUAAGUUCUAUCUCCUAGGCAUUAUAAGUUGCCUUAUAGUUCUUAGCGAUUUUAUUUUCUCAUUCUCAGUCUCAUGAUUGAUAGCAUACAACAGGCAGGAUGGCAGGGAAGAUCAUAAUUUGUUAUGGUUUUUAUUAAAAUCCUUAUUUCUAGUAUUUUCCCUGAUUAUUAAGCAAUAGACUUUUGUGUUUUAUAUUGGGUCUUAAUUGAUUUGGACAGCUUAGUAUGGUCAUGUUUCAUGGUGGAAUGUGCUGACUGAGUUGAAGGGUUUGUUUUUACUUAGAGAGCGGCACUUUCUCUGUUUUUAUUUGUAACAUUCUUUGUCUCAAGUCAGCAUUAUUACAAAGCCCUUGUAUAUGAACAGAUCAGUGGGACUGUCUUAGUUAACUACACUCUUAAUCAUACUAAGUUUCCUAGCAAAUUUUUCAUAAGUCUCCAAAAUAUCCAAUCUAAAUAUAUGCUCUGGUAGCUAUUUGCUAGUAUUUGGGUUUUAACAUGGGAAGGGCAUAAAGUGAAAACAUUUGUCGCCACAUUAAAGUGAAGAGCAGGCCUGGCAUAUUGGCACUGACCAGUUACCCAGUUAUUGAAGGACAACACUUGAAUCUGUUGUCAUGCUUCAACAUAGCAGAUUGAACUAUACUUGUUGUCAUGUAUUACCAUUCUUGCCUCGCUUCUGUUUUCUGUCUAUCACAGGAGGAACUGGAGAGAAUAAGUAAGCUUUGAAAAGCAUAAACAUUUUGGCUCAUUUGCUGUCAAACCAUUGUGAGCCUUGGCAUUUGUUUGUGCUGCAUGUCAUUAUUGGUUGAUAGGGUCAAUAAUGCGUACAGUAAUGUGCCUCCCUGAUAACAGUUGAUAACUAGUAGAUUCUUGGUUAAUGCACCAAUUGGUAUUGUACAGGCAGGAAAGGUCCACAGUUUGAAAUAUGUCCUGUGCUACUUUAACCAACAUCUGCCGGGAUAAAAAUUUAGGCACUGUAAUUACCUUCGGUGCCCUGGAUGAAGGAGGAAGAUCAGGCAGGGUUCCCACUCCUGAUUGCUAGAUGGUAACUCCUUGCAGGUAAGCGCAUAUUGGACUGGAUCAUUGAGGAGCCUGCCAAAGCUCUCGCUAGUUUGCACUUGAAGAAUAGCCAAAUUUGGCGGGGUGGGAGGGGGUUAGUACUCAAGGAUUUCUAGUGCCCUCCUGCAUGAGUCAAUAACAACAAGGAAGAAGGGAGGGGAAAUAAUUCAACAGGACAAGGAAACAAGGGUGCUACUACACACUGGACUUUUCGGGCAUUCUAUACUGCUAAUAAUCUAAUUUAGUAUUUUUAUUUUGUUUAAGCCAGCACAUACAAUGUGGCAGGGAUUAAGAACACCCCCCCUUCCCUUUUUUAGAAAAGAGAAUUAUUGCACAUGUAUGUAAUAUUUUAGAAAAGCAUGUUAAUACAUUUUUUUGUAAGGCAUUGGAUAUUUUAAAAAAGUCUUCCUUGUACCUUUCUCCCUGGUUCAGCUCAAGAGUUUGCUCAUUGACCCCACACCAUAGUGGUGAUAGGUUUGAGGGGAUCCAGCGUUUAAGACUGUCGGCUCAAUACUUUUCCCCCACAGUUGCUCCUCAAUUAUGAAAUGCAGCUGCACCGAGAGGAAGGUUAAAAAGACAUUGUUAAAAUCCAGCCUCCAUUGGGAAUUGUUCUUUUUAAACAAAAGACACAUUGAUUUUUUUUGCAGUCUGUAUAGUUGUUGUAUGUACAUUUUCAUGAGUUGUAAAUAAUUGAACAAUUACCGUUGCUCUUAUAUAAUAUUGUUUUGGUGUGUUUUGUUCUCAUUCAGUGCUGCUUUUAUUAAAAAAAGUAGAUUCUUUUUGGUUGUAGAUCGGUUGAAUUUUAAAAAAAUAAUGGAACUUGCACAAAAAUCCUCUUCCACAGUCCAGUCACUCAGUGUCCUCAUAGUACUUGCAAAGCAGAUAAUUCUCAGCUUAAACUGAACAUUGAGCAUAUUAGAGAGACCUCUGGGCAGGUCAGUUGAGGCGAAAAUCGCAUCGAAAGCAAUUGGAUACGGAGAGUGGAGAACAAUUGGGUCUUUCUAGAUGUGUGAGCUGAGUCAGAUCUAAUGUCCGUCACUGCUAGAGUCAUCUUAUGAAUUCUAUCUUCAAGGGGUUUUAACCCAGAAAUUGUGCAAUUUGAAGUUUUUUUUAAAAGAAACCAAGUUAAUAGCAUUUCUGGUAUACAAACCAUCAUACCAAUGGCUUGGAAGUAGGAGAUGAAGGAAGCAUAGAAGUGAAAGAUGAUCUAAGAUGACAAUCAGAGCCACCUUGCGCUACAUUUUCUCUUUCACUCUUGGGAGUUUGAUUUAGGUUAUUUCUGUUCAUGUGCAAUCCCACCAAAAGCUAUGGGACCAUUGAGGUUAUUCAUUUCAAUUCAAUUUCACUUUAUUGUCCAUACGGAAAGUCAUUUCAGGUGCAUUGCUCGUAUGUUUAAAAAAAACAAAAAUUAAAAUAUAUAUUAAACUAUUCCAAAGCAUUAAAAUAAUCAGAGUCCCACCCUGAGUGCAUAUCCUCGUCCAUACAUCAAACUCCUGUUAAAAGUUCUUAGAGAAGUUAAUGCAAACACAUUCAGGCAGGUUGGUAUCAAUGUUCUGCCUGUAAUUUUAUUUAUUAUAAUAGCCUCAUUAUUUACUGGAGUUUAUUUAAAUCCUCAAACAAGCUAGGAACUUCACUAGAAUCCAAUUCACCUCAAGAAUGGGAAUGAGAUAUUUUUGGGUACCUGUAGCCAUUUGCAAAUUGUAUUAAUUGCACUAAAAUUUAAUUGCUAGCAUUUCCUUCUGACUCAGUCAUUGUAACACUUGAUCUUUUUUGAGAUUCUGUACAUGUGCUGGACUAGAUUAAAAGGGGUUCUUGCUAUUUGUUAUGCUGGAUGGUCUAUUACUAGCAUAGAGGUUGCUUAUAGCACACCUGGAUUGGUAUGUUCAUUCUUCAACAAAUGUAAAGCAGAGGCAACAUCAAUUUGGACUACUGAUGGCAUUUUUGCAUUGCACACCCCAUUGAGAUGUAGCAUUUCUGCUUUGCAAAAUAGCAAAAUAUUAUCUCGGAGAGACCUGAUUGACUGGCACAGAACUGGAAGUUAUAUUCAUUAGUUGUGUAGGUUUAAUUUUUUUUUUUGAAAUGCAACCUGUGUAAUUCAACUGGAGAAACAGUCUGUAAAAACCCUUUGCAAUCUCGGCCAAAACUUUUCAUGAGCUGGAGACUAACAAUUUAAUUUUAUUCUGCUCUCACCCCCCCCUUUCUCGAUACAUCUAAUUAAUUGCCACCACAUUGCCUCCUUCCACCCGUCAUUGCUGCAUUGUGAAUAACUGGCAGGUGUUGGGUGUGCAUGGGAUAUGGGUAACACACUUGCCUUGUCUUACAGAUUUUAACCCCCCCCGCCCCCAACCCCCACCUUGCUCAAGUAAGGGUCAGUGAGGUGCUCUUUCACAGUUUAUCUGAGAAUGACCAAAUUUUGUCUUGACAAAGACACAGAGCCUUGGGAUUUUCUAUUUAUCAACUGAUCCCUAUUGUGCUGUGAAGCCAACAUCUCUGCUUUCCUUACACAGCUAUGGAUAGAUGCCCCAAUGAUUCGCUGUGCUUUCUGGCUAAUACUAAACCCUUACACAACAGAGUACUCCGGAAUUUAUCUUGGUUUGUGCUGGGGCAGCAAUCCUCACCAUGUCUGUGCAAGGGAGAGCGAAAAAUGAGCCAGGAUCCCAACUGCUGAGCGAUAUCCAGUGAUCCUUACUGGACAAUGUGCUUGUGAACACAUGCACACCUCAGACCCUCCAAUGUCAAGUGACCACCUCAGACUUGGUCUCUAGACCUGCAUAUGAAGAGUGGCUAUUAAGCUGAGUUAUCAAGGGAAUAGUCUGGAGCCACAUACUUGUCAGAAUCAGUGUCUAGAUGAAAGGAAGGGUAAAGGGAUUUUAUUUUUAAAAAAUCAGGUGUUGCUAAUAUGCAACAGUAACUGACAGGAAAAUAACUCAGGUUUUUAAGUAGUUUCCUUGUUUUUAUUACAUUUCUGGUGUGUUGCUGGACAUCCAUCUGGACAUCAGGGGACUGUCCUGAGUUGGAAAGGGUUUGACAUGCCACCUAAUGGCUUUGUUAAUUGGCUUAUGUAUAAUGAAACCAAUGUGGUGGAUUCAACUUGUUAUUUUUGUAGCCUUGCUUUUAAUGUUUUUAAGUGGAAAAAUACAAGUUUGUCAUGUCUACUCCCAUAUGUGAACUUCUUUCCUUGUUGCUUUUCUCAUUUGUUUAAGGGAGAGGUGCCUUAACAUGCUGGGUUUUCUCAUUUGUUUCUCAUUCCAGACAUGACACUUUUAAAUCCUGAAUAAAACUACAAUCAUACGUU